AUGGCGACCUCCGCGGCAGUCCGGAGUAGUGUGCGGCUCUCUUUAAGACUGCUCGGACUGAACCCGAUAUGCAGUGCCUGUAUUUUUAACCGGUUGAGAAUUUGUAAAUACGCUGUCACGGGGUCGGCGGCGGCGGCAGGAUACAUUGACGGUUUUCGGACUCCCAGCAGAAGCCUGCGGACCUCUAAAAGUGUGAAUCAGUCUGAAGUUGAGGAUGCAGCACUUGAAGACUCAAAGGACGUGGUUAAUGUGGUGUAUAUAGAUCGAUCGGGAAAGAGAAUACCAGUCAAGGCUAAAGUUGGAGACAACGUCCUAUACCUGGCACACAAGCAUGGCAUCGAUUUAGAAGGAGCGUGCGAAGCAUCGCUGGCUUGUUCUACAUGCCACGUAUAUGUGAAUGCAGAGUACUUCGACAAACUUCCAGAGCCUGUUGAAAGGGAGGAUGACAUGUUGGACAUGGCCCCCAUGCUUCAGGAGAACUCUCGGCUUGGCUGCCAGAUCAUUCUGACCCCCGAGCUGGAUGGCAUAGAGCUGACACUUCCCAAGGUCACCCGCAACUUCUACGUGGACGGCCAUGUGCCCAAGCCCCACUGAAAGGUGCCAUGGGGUAGCAGGCAUUCUCUGGAAAUCAGGCUUGUUCAUUUAGACCACCAGGAUGGGAGAGGUAUGAUGAGGUGCAAUUGCCCAAAGGCACCCGUAAAGAACACUUGAUAUCGGACUAGAAGGUGCUGGGGAAGCAAAAUGAACAAAUUGGUUAUAUUCUGGGUCAUCGUGUUGGGGGGAAAUUGAUUGACAAGACCACUAAGCAGGAGUGUAUCAAUCUGUCAAUACUCACACAGGCAAGAUGUGGCAAGUUAAUGGCAAGAUCUCCGGAAACAAAAAAACACCUAAAAACACUUAUACACAUAAAGUUCUCUGUGUCACACAGCCAACGAGUAUUAGAUACAAAAGCACUUUAAAAUUAUUGGUGUGUUUGUGUAUGUGUGUGUAUUAUAUAUACACACACGCACAUACAUACACACUAAAUAUAGUAGUUCUCAAACUCAGGUUACGUUUGGGUUUUAAUGUGCAUCACCCUGGAUUAUGUGAUUACUGAGCGGCAGAUGGUUCACCUGUAAAUUAGUGCAGUGGUUUCCAGUCCUCUCCUUGGGGAUCACAAAAAUCUUCCGUACUUUUGUGUUUUUCCCCACUACCAUUGUCAAUGAUUUGGCUAAUUACUGAACAGUUGAAUCAGGUGAGCUGGUUUUGGAAUUGAAUAAAUAUAAGAAAUUGUUUGAGGUCCUAGAGGAGAUAUUUUGUUACUCAGUGGCACUAAGGCAGACAUCUUACAUUGACAUUUAUUUAGCAGACUCUUUUCUCCAAAGAAACUUCCAAUGAACUCUAUGUAG